AGAGCCAGCUUCCUGUUGCUGUUCGUCCUGCCACUGGUCUUCAGACACUUGCUUCUUUUUCUAACUUCCCCUCCUAAGAAAGGGGAGAGAAAUAUUAGAGAAACAAAAGUCCAGAAUGCUAAGGUUGCCACUCUCACUUCCUCUUGCCCCUAGCCCAGCGCUGCUUUGAAUACAUUAAUUGCUCUGGGGCACCAGAUUGAGGGAGAGAAGAGAGCAGUGCCCCUGAGGCUGCCCCGGGGGAAGGCAGUUAUAGCUCGUCAUGCUUUCGCAGAGCCGGUUCUGGUUGCAGAAAAUGCCGGGAUGAUGUCUGCCACCCGCCUGGCUGGGACUCUGAUCCCAGCCAUGGCCUUCCUCUCCUGCCUGAGGCCUGAGAGCUGGGACCCUUACGUGCAGGCAACCGUUCUGAGUGCUGAGGACACAGCAGUGAGCAAGAGCGUCAAACCUUGCAACUGGGUGGCUCCUAACAUCACUUACCAGUGCGUGGAGCUGAAGUUCUACGAAAUCGUUGGUAACAUCUCCACAUCAGUCAAGACACUGGACCUGAGCUUUAACGCCCUGAGGUGUUUAGGCAACCAUAGCUUUUCCAGCUUCCCAGAGCUGCAGGUGCUGGAUUUAUCCAGGUGUGAAAUCGAAAUGAUUGCAGAUGAUGCAUAUCAAGGCCUAAACCAUCUCUCCACCUUGAUAUUGACGGGAAACCCUAUACGGAGUUUAGGCGUGGGAGCUUUUUCCGGACUGUCAAGUUUACAGACACUGGUGGCUGUGGAGAUAAACCUGGCAUCUCUGGAGGUCUUGCCCCUUGGACACCUGAAAACCUUGAAGGAGCUUAAUGUGGCUCACAAUCUCAUCAAUUCCUUCAAGUUACCCGAAUAUUUUUCUAACCUGACUAACCUGGAGCACUUGGACCUUUCCAAUAACAACAUCCAAAAUAUUUCUCAUAGAGACACGCAGGUUCUACGUCAGAUGCCCGCAUUCAAAGUCGCUCUAGAUCUGUCCCUCAACCCUUUAGACUUUAUUGAACCAGGUGCCUUUGAAAAAAUUGAGCUCCGUGAACUGACUUUGAGAAGUAAUUUUAAUAGUUCAGAUAUAAUGAAAACUUGUAUUCAAGGUCUGGCUGGUUUAAGAAUCAAUCGGUUGGUUCUGGGAGAAUUUAAAAAUGAAAGGAUCAUACCAAACUUGGACAAAUCUGCCCUAAAGGGACUGUGCAAUUUGACUACUGAAGAAUUCCGAAUAGCAUACUUCGACGACUUCCCAGAGGAUGACCUUGGCUUUUUGGAUUGUUUGGCAAAUGUUUCUACAAUUUCUCUGGUGAAUCUCCGUUUGCGCAGGUUAGGAGCUCCUCCUAAAGAUUUCAAAUGGCAAAACUUAAAAUUGACUCGUUGUUACUUGAAACAUUUUCCCAUACUGGAGCUUGCCUUUCUCAAAGAGUUUGUUUUCACUAACAACAAAGGUAUAUCCCUUUUUACUGAUAUUGAUUUACCACUCCUUGAGUUUCUAGAUCUCAGUAGAAAUGACUUGAGUUUUAAGGGCUGCUGUCAUCACAAUGAUUUUGGGACAACCAGACUGAAACACUUAGAUCUGAGCUUCAACGAUGUUAUUACCAUGAGUACAAACUUCGUGGGCUUAGAACAACUAGAAUAUCUGGAUUUCCAGAAUUCCAAGUUGAAACAGGCCAGUGCUUUUUCAGUAUUCCUAUCACUCAAAAACCUCCUUUACCUUGAUAUUUCUCAUACUAACACACGAGUUGCCUUCCGGGGCAUCUUUAAAGGCUUGGUCAGCCUCCAAGUCUUGAAAAUGGCUGGCAAUACUUUUGAGGAUGACUUCCUUCCAAAUAUCUUCACAGACUUGACAAACUUGACCUUCCUGGACCUCUCUGACUGUCAACUAGAACAAGUGUCCCAGGAGGCAUUUGGCUCACUCCCUAAACUUCAGUUGCUGAAUAUGAGUCACAACAACCUCUUUUCUUUGGAUAUACUUUCUUAUAAACAUCUCCCUCUCCAGAUUCUGGAUCACAGUUUUAAUCAUAUAGUGGCUGCCAAGAGUCAAGAACUACAGUAUUUACCAAGUAGCCUAGUUUCCUUAAAUCUUACCCAGAAUGAGUUUGCUUGUGUUUGUGAACACAUGGGUUUCCUGCAGUGGGUCCAGGACCACAGAAAUCUCUUGGCGGGAGCUGAGCAAAUGAUGUGUGCGAAACCUUUCGAGAUGCAGGGUAUGUCUGUGCUCAGUUUUAGAAAUGCCACCUGUCAGAUGAGCAAGACUAUCAUUAGCGUGUCAGUUCUCUCUGUACUGGUGGUAUCUGUGGUAGCAGUUCUGGUCUAUAAGUUCUAUUUCCACCUGAUGCUUCUGGUUGGCUGCAAAAAGUAUGGCCGAGGUGAGUGCACCUACGAUGCCUUUGUUAUCUACUCGAGCCAGGAUGAGGACUGGGUGAGGAAUGAGUUGGUCAAGAACUUGGAGGAGGGAGUGCCCCCCUUUCAGCUCUGCCUUCACUACAGAGACUUUAUUCCUGGUGUAGCCAUUGCUGCCAACAUCAUCCAGGAAGGUUUCCACAAAAGCCGCAAGGUUAUUGUUGUUGUGUCCCAUCAUUUCAUCCAGAGCCGUUGGUGCAUCUUUGAGUAUGAGAUUGCCCAGACCUGGCAGUUUCUGAGCAGUCAUGCCGGCAUCAUCUUCAUUGUCCUGCAGAAGUUGGAGAAGUCCUUGCUCCGGCAGCAGGUGGAGCUGUAUCGCCUUCUCAGCAGGAACACUUACCUGGAGUGGGAGGACAGUGUCCUGGGGCGGCACAUCUUUUGGAGACGACUCAGAAAAGCCUUGCUGGAUGGUAAAUCGUGGAGUCCAGAAGGAACGGAGGAUGCAGAAAGCAGCCACCAUGAAGCAACAACCCCCAUCUGAGGAUCAAAUACUCCUCAAGUGCUUCUUGCCUCAUGGACUCACUACUUGUUCAACUGCAACAUGGCAGGCACUGCACUCAGGGAAGGUGAUUCAGUGGUACACAAGAUACACAGGCCUGCUGAUCUCAUGGGGUUCACAGUGCAAAGGGAGUAAAUACUGUGCUGAAAUACAGAAUCUCCACCCAGUUGGAUGGUUUAACCAACUCAGCUAAGGUAUUCAUGAUAGAGACAGUCAACUCAACUGUUACUCCACACAAUUGAAUUAUAACUAAGACACUGGCCCCUGUGACAUCAGAAAAGGACGUAAUUCUUCACCUGAGCCUUUGGAAUGGAAAGCACCUUGUAUUUUACACUGUGUCCAACUUAAAACACAGCAGUAGUGGUACUUUCAACUAAACUGAGCCUUUGCUCACUUUUCCCUUUUCUACUGAAUACAAUUUAAAUUCUACACGAUGAUGAUUCAGAUCCUCCCUCCACUUCAAGUCAGUGUCCUUACAAAGGUUAAAACCUUGCACCAGUUUCCUAAGGAAACCUGAGUAACACAUAUUCACAAAAAUCCUGGUCAUUUUUUUAGCGUGUUCUAUUUAUUAACUAAUAGUCCUUGAUAUAUUUGGUUUUUAUAAACUCAGUUCUCAUUUUACACGUCUUCCCUAUAAACCUUGAACUAAAUAAGGUUGUCAGCGAUAUGCUGGAAAUAUGCAUUAUUUAACUACUGUCUUUCAAGCAAAUGUGUAAAAUGCACUUUGUCACUUUGUCACUUGAUGUCAUUUUAAAUAUAUUGCCUACUAAGGUAUGACAGUCAUAAAGGUGGCAUUUAAAUAAUUUGGUUGAAAGUGGUGCUUAUUGUAAUGGGGGAGAGACGUCCAUCUUCCCGGUCUCAUAAUGAGCAAUCUGGGGUGCAAGAAGGGCAGGAUGGCCUCUGGAGCUCAGCACUUCUUGACGAUCUGGGGACAACAUGCACUGAUGCAGCCAGGGUGACCACAUGACAGGAGCUGAAGCCAAGGUUUCUUCUGCAUUAAAUGAGCAUCGUUUGAUGAGACAGUGAAUCCCUCAGGGGACUGUGAGAUGAUUCAAGGUGGGGAGCACACACUGUUCUUCCUGUUGGGCAUCGCUCUGUGACCACAUUUAUGAAAGAGUAGAUGUUCUCACUGAAAAUUAUGCCCCUCGGAUUAAGGUGGGUCACGGUAAGGUGAGUUCUCAGAAAAGCACACUCACGCAGCUUUCUCAGAAUGGUGCAUCAAAGGAAGCAAUGAGGACAUUUGGAAAAUACAGUUGUCAGAACUGGAAAUGCGGCCACGUGCAGAAAUGUGUUUGUGCCUGAGUGUUUCAGAGUAUAUAGUUUGGUCUGAGUAUGGCUGGAGUUGCUGAACAUGCCUGGGUGUGUGUCUAGGUCUUAAUGUGCUAGUGAAAGUAGAUGCAUAUAUUUGUGCACAUGCCUCUAUGUGUUCUUGGCUGUGUCUGUGUGUACGAAGAGGAGGUGUGCCUGUGUGGUCAUAUCCGGAUGGGCAAGAAUGUGUAUUUUGCAAGGGUGAUAUGCACAUUGAUGUGGAACUCUAUAGCUGUUUGAGUUCUUUACUCUUGUGUGUGUAUGUGAUUGUUUAAACACAGGUACCAGCGUUAGAAUCUGAGUAGCCUGAAGGCCUGUCUUUGUGUAUGUCCAGGCCAUACGUGAAGUGUGCUCAGGCUCAUAUCUGAGUAUAUGUCUGCAUAUGUGUCUCAGUUUAAGCAAAUAUACAAGGCUCCAAAGAGGAAAAUCAAAAUAUGACUGGGGUGGUUCUGGUAUACAGGCCUCUUUCCCAUAAGCCCCUUCUCCCAGAUGGGAAUUCUGAAAACUCAGAAUUUCCCAGAUGAGAAAGGAAAGAAAUGAUAUGACUGAAGCAGAAGGGGAAGAAAAAGGAAAGGUAGGCCCAGGUCAGGCUUUUGAAUUCAUUUAAAUUCUCUGGAUUAAAGAGACAUGAAGGGUAGAAUAGAGAAAUUAAUAUAAUUAGAAAGCCUUAAAUGUGUGUAAUACCCUGCAAAGUAGAACAUAUGUACACAGUUGUAACCACACUUGAAUCUCUUGUUAUCCAGGUGAAACAGCAGGCUAAGAAGUAGUCUCCCCAUUUUACUGAUUUGCAACCUGAUGUUCAAGGGAGUAAAUGUAUUGUCCUUAGGCCACAGAAUAAGCGAGUGGCUGGGCCUGCACAUGGGCCUCUGGGUCUCUCGGGGCAGCGCAAUUUCCACUACCCCUUGCUGCUUCACGCUUAGCGCUGGCAAAUGAGAAGUGAAACCCUGGCUGUUCUGUGUGUGGUUGGCACUUGUCAAGUAUUUUUCACUGAGACCAUGAAUCAUUAGGCAAAUGCAUACGUGUAUAUAUUAUAUAUACUGCAUGAUUUAUUUAUAACA